AUGAACACCACGACCAGCUCGGUCCUGGUGGGAGCUGAGACCCGGGAGGACCCUCCGGCUCAUCGAGCUCUGACCGGCUGCGUCCUGGCGCUGCUCAUCCUCUGGACGCUUUUGGGCAACUUCACGGUGUGCGCAGCCGUCUAUCGCUACCGGCACCUGCGCGUAAAAGUGACCAACAUCUUCAUCGCGUCCUUGGCUCUGUCGGACCUGCUGGUCGCGGUGCUGGUGAUGCCCUGGAAGGCUGCGGCUGAGGUGGCCGGGUUCUGGCCGUUCGGGGGCUUCUGUAAGACCUGGCUGGCCUGCGACAUCAUGUGCUCCACCGCCUCCAUCCUCCACCUGUGCGUCAUCAGCGUGGACAGAUACUGGGCCAUCUCCAGCCCCUUCCGCUACGAGAGGAGCAUGAACAAGAGAGUGGCCUCCGUCGUGAUCGGCCUGACCUGGACGGUGUCCGUGGUCCUCUCCUUCGUGCCCGUGCAGCUGGACUGGCACAGGGCGGAGGUCAGGUCGGAGGUCAGGGAGGAGGCUGCGCGUCACUGUGACUCCAGCCUGAGCCGCGCAUACGCCAUCUCCUCCUCCCUCAUCAGCUUCUACAUCCCCGUGGCCGUCAUGCUCGUCACGUACACGCGCAUCUACGGGAUCGCGCAGAUGCAGAUCCGGAUGAUCUCCUCCCUGGAGCGCGCGGCGGAACACGCACAAAGCUGCGUGGACGCACCUGAAGAGUCUCCUCACCUGUGCGAGGGAACCAGAGCCCAUUCAUACCAGGCUCGUGUCAGUGCGCAGGCGCAGACUCACCGGGAGCUCAGGGUCUCCAUCAGGAAAGAGACCAAAGUCCUGAAGACUCUGAGCAUCAUCAUGGGAGUGUUCGUGUGCUGCUGGCUGCCCUUCUUCAUCCUGAACUGCGCCCUGCCCUUCUGCCCCGGACCAGGGGCCCCGGGGGGCCCGCGUGGCCCUUACUGCGUCCACGAAAAGACAUUCGACGUGUUUGUGUGGAUCGGCUGGAGCAACUCGUCCCUCAACCCGGUCAUCUACGCGUUUAACGCAGAGUUCAGAGACGCCUUCCUGCGCCUGCUGCGCUGCCGCGGGCGGGGAGGCUGCUGGGAGGCGGUGGGAACAGUGGUGGACAGCGACAGGGCCGCGCACCUGAAGCAGGGGGGCCCGCUGCACCUGAGGCCGGGGGGGUCCUGCUCCACGAACCCCCGGGGGAGCGAGGACAGCGGCCACACCACAGUGACCGUGUGUUAUCACAGAGGGACAAACUCCGAGCAGGUGACAGACACCGAGGAAAGUAAGGACAAAGACAGACUGACGCAGAUACCCACGGAAGGGACACAGUAG